UUUUGGAGCACACGUGAAGACAUCGAUCGUCCUUUCCGUUUGGAUUCUGCGCUUUGCUUAGCCCCCCCUCUCCCCGUCUUCGCUGGCCAUUGUUGUGUGCACGCAGGCACGCGAGGAGUGGAAUCGAUUUUGAAAAAGUGUGACGCAUUCGGAAAAAGCAAGAAGAAUGGCUGCGCACUUUGGCCCGUUUGCGAAUGAGCAUCUUCUACGCAUUGAGCGGGAUUAGGAUUAUUAUUGUGCGCGUGUGCAAACGGUUUCUUCACCGAUCUCUGAACGUGCUGGUCCAUGGGGCGCUUGAAAGGUGAAAGUUCAACACUCGGACGGCCAGAAGUCUACCAGGGGGAUGACGGGAACGCUUUUGAGUCUCCGUCCCCAAAAGAUGGAGCCUAUUCGGAUUUCCCGGAUUAUUUCUCCCGCUCGCAUCUGGAAGUAAAUGUCGUCUUGCACCAGGAGAUUCUCACCGUCAAUUAGUCGUUGAAAUCCGCGCCGAGCGGGCGAUGCUCAAAAUGGCCGCCCGGACGACACAGAGUUGAGACGCGGGCGCUCCGUCAUGUCCUGGAAAAGGAACUACUUUGCGGCGGGCGGUGGUGGUGGCGGCGCAGGCGUGGCGGGGCUGGCAGGAGGAGGAGGAGGAGGCGGCGCCGGCGGCGGGCCGGCCGGGAUGGCGGCCAUGUUGACGCCUCGCACCGUGACCUCCAUCGCGCCUAGUAAAGGGCUGAGCAACGAGCCGGGACAGAACAGCUGCUUCCUCAAUAGCGCCCUGCAGGUCCUGUGGCACUUGGACAUUUUCCGCCGCAGCUUCAGACAGCUGACGUCUCACAAGUGCAUGGAGGACUCGUGCAUCUUCUGCGCUCUGAAGAAUAUCUUUGCUCAGUUCCAGUACAGCAGCGAGACGGUGCUGCCGUCGGACGCGCUGCGCAGUGCCCUCGCCAAGACCUUCCAGGGCGAGCGGCGCUUUCAGCUGGGCAUCAUGGACGACGCGGCCGAGUGCUUCGAGAACAUUCUGACAAGGAUCCACUUCCACAUCGCCGACGAGUCCAAAGAAGACAUCUGCACGGCCGGGCGUUGCAUCCCGCACCAGAAGUUUGCCAUGAUGCUCCUGGAACAGUGUGUGUGCAGCAGCUGCGGCGCAUCUUCGGACCCGCUGCCCUUCGUUCAGAUGGUCCAUUACAUCUCCAGCACCUCCCUGUGUAACCAGGCGGUGAAGAUGCUGGAGUCCCGACACAACGCCACCCCGGCAAUGUUUGGGGAGCUGCUGCGGAAGGCCAGCAUGGGCGACCUGCGCGAUUGUCCCAGUCAGUGUGGCCAGCAGCUGCGGAUGGCCCGCGUCCUCCUCAACAGUCCGGAGAUCAUCACCAUCGGCCUGGUGUGGGACUCUGAGCGCUCCGACCUGGCCGAGGACGUCAUUCACACUUUGGGAACUUGCCUGCGCCUGGGAGACUUGUUUUACAGGGUGACAGAGGAGAAGGCCCGGCAGGCGGAGCUCUACCUAGUGGGCAUGGUGUGUUACUACGGCCGCCACUACUCCACCUUCUUCUUCCAAACCAAAAUACGACGCUGGAUGUACUUUGACGACGCGCGCGUCAAGGAGAUCGGGCCCAAGUGGAAGGACGUGGUGUCGCGCUGCAUCAAGGGCCACUACCAGCCCCUCCUGCUGCUGUACGCCGACCCCCGCGGCACGCCGUUGCCGGCGCAGGACGUGGCGCCGCCGCCGGGCGUCAACAAGCCGUGCUACGACAGCGACGACUCGGGCCGCGAGCCGUCCAUCUCCAGCGACACUCGCACAGACUCAUCCACGGAGAGCACCUCCUCCCGACAGCCCGCGCCUUCGCGCCAUGAGCCCCCGGCCUCUCGACCCCCCCCGGGCCCACCCGCAGGCUCCGUUCGCCCCCGACGCCCCGCCGCGCCGCGCCACGCCUCGCUCUGCAGUCUGGAUGCCAUAGGCCACGCGGUGGCGGCCGCCGAGCGGCGGCAGACUCUGAGGACGGGAGGAGGCCCCGCCCCCGCCCCGGCCCCGGCUCGGGACAGGAGGCGCGGCUCCGGCCGCCUCCGCAGAGCCAAAACGGACAACGAAGCCCCUUCGGCCGGUUACCACAGCGAGGGAGAGACGCUGAAGGAGCGGCAGGCCCCUCGCCAGGCCCCCAAAUCCUCCUCCUCCUCCUCGAGCAGCCGUCUCCGUGACUUGAGGGAAAGCGUGAGCAACAUGCUCCACAGCCGAACGCUCUCCACCUCCUCUCUGCCGGCCGCCGGCGUCGUCUCCUCCGCUAGCCAGGCGCCCGCCGCGUCCUCCUCGUCCGACCCUCGCGACCGGGAGGCCGACGGCGACUCCAAAUCCGCGGAGGCCUCGGCGAGGUACCGGCCGGCGUGGAGGCCCCGCAGGGAGGCGCUCAACAUCGACAGCAUCUUCGCGCGGCGCAGGCAGGGCGGCUACAGCCCGCUGGCCACGCCCCAGCUAGGCGCCGCCUUGCUGAGCCAGCAGGAGGCGACGGCGAGCUCCUCCAGAACGCUCCCCGCCGCCGCCGCCUCCCCCAGGGAAGCUUACACAAUUCGAGGGCAGCCGGCGCCACCUCCGGGGCUGAUCCAGAGGAUGGAGAGCGGAUACGAGAGCAGCGACAGGAACAGCAGCAGCCCCGUCAGCCUGGAGCUCAACUCGCUGGAGCGGGAGAGUGUGGCCGGGCAUCCAUCCUCCUCCGGACCGUCGUGCAAGGCCGCGAGAUCCAAGAGUGACGGAGCACUGCUGCAGGACGUCAGCGCGGCCACUAGAGGGAGCGUUGGCCGCAGCGAGCUGGACGAGCUUCAGGACGAGGUGCUGAGGAGGGCCCGGGAGGAGGAGUGCCUGCGGCAGCAGGAGAAGGACAGGGAGGCCAAGCUCGAGUUCAACCCCAGACCCAGCAAGUACCUGGACCUGGACCAGCUGCAGAUCCAGGGCAAAGGCGACGGUCUUGAUCGGUGCCUGUCGGAGGCGGAGCUUCUGCUGGACCAGUCGGUGCGUCUGGAGAAGGCCGGCGAAGUCGCCGCCGCCCUCUCGGCCGUCAACGAAGCCAUCUCUAAGCUCGGGCUGGCGAGUGAGGGCUGCGCUCGCGCUCACGGUCGACUGCAGCGUGGCAUGAGGAGGGCGCGCGGCAGGCAGCAGCGGCUGCUGUUGCUACUGCAGCAGCAGCAUCAUCAUCAUCAUCAUCAUCAUCAUCUUCAUCGUGACCAGCAGCAGCUGCCCAGUGAAAAGCCUGUCUCGCACCAAAUAUUUCUGACGGACACUUGUGACGACCAAUCGGCGUCCCGGCAGGGCCCGCCUCUCCCUCUUCCAUCUCUCCCGCCUCCUCAUCCCAUCACGGACGUGGCCUCCCACAACGGCUCUUCUUAUGAGCCCGCCCCCUUCGCCGCACCCGCUCCGACGCGCGACUCCAGCAACGGCAGGUCAGCUCCUGCGGCGGCGGUCUCUUUGGCUCCAGGCCCCCCGAGAGAGAUGAAGUUACCGGGUCUCCCUGAGGGGGGCGUUGCCGCGGCGCCCACGCUGCCAUCAGAGUUCCCAUCCACCCCAAGUUCAUAUCCCGCGUUGCCGCCGCCUGACGCGGCAAACAACCCGAUGGAGGAGGAGCGGCUUUAUUCCACCAGACCCCCCGGCGGGAAAUGGUCCGGCUUACAGUCGGACCAUCGUUCCGCCACUCAACCGAUCAACCCGGCGGCCCUUUACAAGCGCCCACCCGCGCCCGCCGCCAGCGGCCCGGUUGCGUCUUCCUCCUCCUGCGCCGAGGGCGGCGGAGACUCGCUGCCCGUGGAGCGCUGGGCACAAAAUGUCAGCAGAUACUACGGCUCCCGCAACGCAACAGAAAUGGGAGGAGGCGCGUGCGCACGGCCGCCCCCGGCUGAGGAGCUUUCAGAACUGGACUUUCUGUACCGGGCCAGCUUGCUGGCUCCCGACGUGCACGGCAGCGCUCCGAGCCACAAAGCAGGAGCGAGGAGAAUCCCGUCUGGAUCGCGGCGCUCCAAAACGCCGACGGCCGAGAUGGAGAGACGCGCCUACAGGACGCCCGUGAUGCUCGCCCCCGAGUGUCCAGACGGCGCGGACGAGAGCUACAGCGCAGAAAACCUUCGCCGCAUCGCUCGAAAUCUGAGCACCAACCUGGGCCCCGCCGCAGGCUCAGUGUCGGUGUCCGGUCGCUCCCCUUCCUCGUCAACCCUCCCCCGGCCCCUCACCACCUCGUCGUCGUCGUCGUCGUCCAUCGGUGCUCCGUCAUCGUCCUCCCGUCGCCUCCGUCACGGCGUCCAGUCGGGUCUCGCGCCUCCGCCGAGCUCACGGCCGCCUGGCUCGGGCCCCCCAGGACCCGGACGGCGGUUCCACGGGGACGACGGAGAAGCGGCAGUUCCGCGUGAGCGGCACGCGGGCGUCCCCCCGACGUACGGGACACUUCCCCGCGCUCCCCAUCGUUCCUCCGCCUCCUCCUCCUCGUUGCAAAGAGGGGGUGCCGCCGCCCCCCCUCACAGUCUUUACGCCACCUUGUCCCGUCCCGGCCGUCUCGGCGGCUUUGCCCCUCAGCCCCGUGCGUCUCCGGGCGAAGGAGGUGCAGGGGGCGGCCCGGCCCGGCCGCUGCGUCUGGACGUGCCCCCCGACGGCGACUGGCGCCGCGGGGGGGCCGGCGCGGAGAGGAAUCCGCUGCGCCAGACCCCGCGACCCAUCUGCUCGCUGUGCCACCAUCUUCCCGCCGACUCGCCGCGUCCUUUCUGCCCCCCCUGCGGCACCCACGUGGCCCGCCGCCGCCCCCUGCCGUGACGCUUUUCAAAUGUGCCUACCAGGAAGUUUAAGUUUGCAACAGCGGCUGGCCUGCACUUGACUUGACUUUGGACCACCAAGACCAGCUUUUCUCCACCUCCCUCCUCCAUUUUGGUCUUGAUGAUGAUGAUCAUCAAGACCAAAAUGGAGACUUGGAGACUUUUUGAUGAUGAUGAUGAUGAUCAUCAUCAUCAUCAUCAUCAAAAAGUCAUACACAGAAAGCCAAACUGGGACACUUCAAGUUUCCUCCCACCUGAAGGCAUUUUUGGGCCCGAUUUUCAAUCGGCAAAGAGAGGCCUUCGGUUGUUGUUGUAGUCGGCGGAUAUGCGAAAUAUCGUAAUCUGCACCUCAUCCAAAACGCUCUCGGUAGUUUUCGCUAGCGAGUGGCCUUGUGGUUGAUGACAAUGCCGCUAAAACAACAGGCCCAACGCCGGCCAAAGACUUUAGCAGAGCGCUGUACUUACAAUUAGCCGCAUGGUCUCGCGUAGAGCAACGCAAGCUAGUUUCCGACAAGUCAAGUUGGAGUGUUUAGAUUUGAAGCUUCGAAACAGAGUUGCGGCUAAUCUUGAGCAUGUUUUCCUCUUCCCGUCUAGCCUGCGACACGACACAAAUAGAAAUGUCUAAAGAUCACUCUUUCUCUCUCGCCGUAUCUGUACCCAUUUAGGACUUUAUGUACCAAGAAUGUAAGCGGUGCACCUAGCGAGUGUCUUUGUGUAACUCGACUUCCUCGGCCGGUGAGGAAGAAAGUCGGGUGUGAUUUGAGACCUUUUGUUGUACUCGCAGCAAGCCAACAGCCCAAACACACAAAAAUAUUCUUCAGAAUGAGCAACUGAAGCCUUUUUUGGUGGUUUGUUUGCUUGCUGCUCACUCGGUUCACUUUUAGUCAAAAAGUUUUGGUUGGAAUGAGCUUGUUCUAUUUUUGCUGCUUAUUUUUGUACUGGGUAGAAUUAACACGAUUGAAGUGUUCCAAAGAGUAAA